GCUCGCCAGCUAAGCAGCUAAAGCAGCUAAAGCAGCUCAGGUAGCCUAAUGAUAGUUACCCGUACCUGCCGUACUGCCGUAAAACUGAGUACGGGAGGAGCCCACCGUUACACUGCAAGCACUGCUAGGAGAUGGACCUUCCACGCGUCGUCGAUCCAUUUAUCAGACAAAUUCUAAUCAUCGCCUCCGUUUUUUUUUAUCUCGAAUUAAAUCCCCCAAAUCCCUUACACCCUGUAAAGUACUUCCUCUGACUUGUUAAAUUGUAUAUACAAUUGUGUACCAUACCCCUAUCCCAUUAGGUUCUCUACGGAAGGUAGGUUAGGUACUUGGUGCAACGAACUUCGUAUUCACAUUCAGCUUUUACCUAUUCCACUCUAUCUCACUUGUUCACCUCUAUCAUCUUUUUUUUUCUUCUUCUUUUUUUCCCUCCUUUAGUUCCCACUCCCCUACGAAUUCCUCACCCCUCCUUAAAUCUAAAAUAACGUAGCUCAACUAUGCGAAUUUAAACAAGUCGCAUUUGGGCUUUUCGGUGAUGACUUAAAUAGCCUUUCUUUGUUUCUUGUGACAACAUCUACCCUAACACGGGCGAAGAGAGUUUUCCCCUUUGGAAGUCCCCGCCUCCCUCCCGGCUGGCGAAACAUUCCAACCCUCAAGAAUAUACUUUGUCUUCUACCAACUCAUUGCUCCAUUGUGACGCUGAACAAUCCGUCACCCUUACAUCCCUCAUCAUGGCCGCCGGCAGCGCGCGCAUAGUGAGAUACAUUCUCCUCGCCUCUUUUUUUGUCGCAGUUCUUUACUUCGUAUCCCAUUCUUCAUACGAGGGAGUGCAAUUAAAACCCUCGACAUUCGGAGCCAGCCCAGGCUCAUCGUCGACGAAGCCGGAUAAGUCUUCUAACGAUGUCGGUGGAGCAUCUAGUGGUGGAAACAAGCCAGAUAGUCAAAUCAACAGCUCACCUGGAUCUACAAAGAGUUCACCGUCGAAACCCGGCGCAGGUUCCCCGAAGCAAUAUGAAGAUCUUGCCGAAGCACCAAUGGCAUUAACGCCAUCGGAUCCCGGAUGGAAUGAUCUUUUGGGAACUGCCCCAGGUCCUCGCAUGAAUGCUACCUUCGUCUCCCUUGCUCGCAACAGCGAUGUGUGGGAGAUCGCUCGCUCUAUCCGUCAAGUCGAAGAUCGCUUCAACCGCCGAUACAACUACGACUGGGUUUUCCUCAACGAUAAGCCUUUUGACGCCACUUUCAAGAAAGUUACAACUUCCCUCGUAUCUGGAAAGACGUACUAUGGCGAAAUUCCUCGCGAGCACUGGUCUUUCCCCGAUUUCAUCGACCAAGAUAAGGCUCGGAAAGUUCGUGAAGACAUGGCGCAGCGAAAGAUUAUUUAUGGUGAUUCCGUGAGCUACCGACACAUGUGUCGUUUCGAGUCAGGUUUCUUCUUCCGCCAACCGCUUAUGAUGAACUACGAAUGGUACUGGCGUGUCGAACCCAGCGUCGAACUUUUCUGCGACAUUCAUUACGAUCCUUUCCGUUUCAUGGCCGAGAACAAGAAGAAGUACAGCUUCGUGCUUAGUCUGUACGAAUACGAAGAGACUAUCCCUACUCUUUGGGACAGUGUAAAGAAGUUCAUGAAGAAUCACCCGGAGCACAUCGCAGAGGGCAACUCAAUGGGUUUCCUAAGUGAUGAUGGUGGCGACAAAUACAACAAAUGCCACUUCUGGUCUAAUUUUGAAGUUGGCAACUUAGAUUGGCUGCGUUCUAAGGCAUACAUCGACUUCUUCGAGUCGCUUGAUCAGGAUGGCGGGUUCUUCUACGAACGAUGGGGCGAUGCACCUGUUCAUUCCAUCGCUGCCGGCCUUUUAUUAAAGAAGGAAGAAAUCCACUUCUUUAACGACAUCGCCUAUUAUCACGUCCCUUUCACCCACUGUCCCACUGGAGAAAAGACACGAUUAGAUCUUCGCUGCCACUGCAACCCUAAGGACAACUUCGACUGGAAGGGUUACUCUUGUACAUCAAGAUACUUUGAGGUUAACGGGCUUGAAAAGCCGCAGGGCUAUACGGAGCAACAGGAAUAAGGAAAAGGAAACUAGGACGAAAGAAAAUUCGCAGGUGAUUGGUGGCGUCCACGGAUUCAUUAU